UCAAAUAAUUGCUCGAUAUAAAAGGCUAACCUGUCAAAUUAUAUCUCUCUUUACAUUCUUCCCUUUAUGGAUUUUUGAUGCACAUUAUUACACUUGAUACAUAUAAUCGUGAAUCAAGUCAAGAGAAAUAAGUGACGAUAAAAAUGAUGACUGACUUGGAAAAAUCUGGAGCAAUGGAGGUUCCAUUAAAAACUGAAAAACAAUUGAGCAAGAAUGUAAUAGAUUUCUCAGAAGCUACAGAAAAACUGGCGGAAGGUCUCUUGAGUAUUUAUCAAUCUCCACUGGAACAAGUUAAGCAGGAACUUUUCGAGUUGACUAAUAAACAAGAAACUUUACUUGCACAAAUGCAGCUUGAGAAUAAAAGGAUACAUGAGACAUUUGAAGAUAUAGAUUUAAAUGACAUGUUUUCAGCUGUUAAAAUUUAUCAAGGAAAAUUAGCAGUGAUAAGAAAAGAAAUGAUCAAUAUUCAUGAAAGAACGUCUAAAUUAAAGAAACGGGUAUUACGUCUCCAACAGAUUAAGAAAAAAGAAUCUAUAAAUAGGGAACAACAACGUGAACAGGAAUUACGAAAAGAACAAGAAUUAAUUGGCAAAUCUACAAUUAACUAAGAGAGUAUAAAUGUAUUAAUAAAUUGAUAAUAAUUUAUACAAAUUAUUCCUAUAAGAGAAAUAUGACUAUGUUUCCACCAAAAAUUUAAAUCAGGUCAAAGUCGGGUUGCAACUCUAAUGUAAGUCUGAUUCAGUGGAAAUAGACAAGCCAACUUAUCUCUAACCCGACUCUGACCUGAUUUUGACUCGAUUUGAAUCCUCGGUGGAAACAUAUAUAAGUUUGUUUCUGUCUCUGCAUUAGGUUGCACUAAAACUUUCUCGCUUUCGAUAAAUAUUAAACGUGUACCUAUGUCAUUUUAAGAAUGUACAAAACAUGAUCAGAGCGAAAAGGAGCUAGGGCUCUCUCUCUCUCUCUCUCUCUCUCUC